AUGUUGACCGAGGACCGGCUGGUAGCGAAGGAGUCCCGAAGUUAUCAACGUCAUCAUAAAUGGCUCUUUGCACCUCUGUGUUACACUGCCUGUGUUUGUAUAGAUCGUGUCUGUCGACAACAUUCCCAAGGUAAGCCAAUAUCUCGGGCUGCUUCAGAGACUCGUUUCCAAGGAUUGUUCGCGAAGAUCUUCAAGGUCCCACAAUUAUCGGAAGAAAUAAGAUCGUGGUACUGGCUGUACCAUGAGCAUACUCCCAUGUAUCGUGGUGUGUCGACUUACUCGGGCAAUGCACCAGGAUAA